GUUAAGAAUCGUUAAUUGUGUUUUGCUGAUUGUGGUGGUAUCACGGAGGAGCUCAGAAAACAAAACAAAACAAAACCCAAACAAAAUAUUAUUAUUUAUUUCUGGAAAGUUUGAAUCUUGUUCUUAAAUCUAAAACUCCAUCCAGUUCGUGUAGAUCUCUCUCGGUAAUAGCACGUGAUUCGUGUAUAUCUGAAUUUUCCCCUGAACUGAAUUUUAGGGGGAAAAUUGGGGGUUUUGGAAAAUGAGGCGUAGAGCAACAGAUUUUCGAAGGCCAGUACGGAGAAAGGUUCCUGAUGCAUUGUGGUGGGCAUUAUGCUGUGCAGUUAUUCUUCUAUUUAUCUAUAUUCUUACAAGAGGGACUCAAAUUGAGUCUAGACCACCUUUGUCCAAGAGAACUUACAAAAAUGAUAGGAUUAUGGAAGGCCUUAAUAUUACCGAAGAGAUGUUAAGUUCCGACUCGGUGACCAGACAACUUAAUGAUCAGAUAUCCCUAGCUAAAGCUUUUGUUGUAAUUGCAAAAGAAAGCAACAAUCUCCAAUUUGCUUGGGAACUAAGUGCUCAGAUCCGCAAUUCACAGAUUCUUCUCUCAAAUGCUGCCACUAGGCGUUCUCCUUUAACAACCAGAGAAUCAGACAGUGCUAUCCGAGAUAUGGCUUUAUUGUUAUACCAGGCUCAGCAGCUCCAUUAUGACAGUGCAACUAUGAUCAUGAGAUUCAAAGCAAAAAUCCAAGCCCUUGAAGAACAGAUGAAUUCUGUAAGUGAAAAGAGUUCAAAAUAUGGACAAAUAGCGGCUGAAGAAGUACCAAAAAGCUUAUACUGUCUGGGUGUCCGGUUGACAACUGAAUGGUUCAAAAACCUCAAUUUGCAAAAGAAAUUGAAGGACAAAAGGCAAGUGGAGAUGAAGAUUAAGGAUAAAAAUCUUUACCACUUUUGUGUGUUCUCUGAUAACAUCAUUGCAACUUCAGUCGUGAUUAAUUCAACUGCAAAAACUUCUAAAAAUCCCAAUAUGAUUGUUUUUCACCUUGUCACUGAUGAAAUAAAUUAUGCUUCGAUGAAGGCGUGGUUUGCCAUGAAUGACUUUCGUGGGGUGACUGUGGAAGUUCAGAAGUAUGAAGACUUCUCAUGGUUAAAUGCUUCAUAUGUUCCUGUGCUUAAGCAACUUCAAGACUCAGAAAUACAAAGCUACUACUUUUCCGGAAACAGUGAUGGUGGAAAGACACCUAUCAAGUUUCGUAACCCUAAAUAUCUGUCCAUGCUUAACCACUUGAGGUUCUAUAUCCCUGAAGUUUUUCCUGCCCUGAAGAAGAUUGUGUUCCUGGACGAUGACGUCGUGGUUCAGAAGGAUCUCUCUGAUCUUUUUUCAAUUGAUUUGAAUGGGAAUGUUAAUGGAGCUGUUGAGACAUGCAUGGAGACAUUUCAUAGAUACCAUAAAUACUUGAACUAUUCUCAUCCUCUUAUAAGAGCUCAUUUUGAUCCCGAUGCAUGCGGAUGGGCAUUUGGGAUGAAUGUAUUUGAUUUGGUUGAAUGGAGGAAAAAGAAUGUAACUGGCAUCUACCACUAUUGGCAGGAAAAGAAUGUAGAUCGGACAUUGUGGAAACUCGGCACUUUGCCACCUGGAUUGUUAACAUUUUAUGGACUAACAGAACCCUUGGAUCCGUCAUGGCAUGUACUGGGUUUUGGCUACACAAACGUUGAUCCUCAGUUGAUAGAAAGAGGGGCUGUACUGCACUUCAAUGGGAACUCCAAACCUUGGUUGAAGAUUGGGAUUGAAAAAUACAAGCCCCUAUGGGAAAAACAUAUUGAUUACUCUCAUACCUUUUUGCAGCAAUGCAACUUUCAUUGAUUUUGAAUUGAGCUUUAAUUGGAACUUCAAAGUUCAAACCUUGGUGGAAGAUUUGGAUUCACAAGCACUAGUCACAAAUGGUGUAUAUUGGAAUAAUACAUCAUUGACCAUUCCAUCCAAUCCUCUAUUGCAACAGUGAAACAGUUAUUGACUUGUGGAGCUGAGAGGUUUAUUGAUCCUUAGAUGCAAAAUCCAAUUGAGGUAUUCAUUCUGUAGUAAAAAAUGGUUUUACAAUUUUAAAAGGUUAAGCAUGUUUGGUGGCUAUAACAUGGCGUAUUCAUUGAUUCCGGAUCUUCAGUUGUAGCAUAUGGAUGUCCAUUUCUGUUAGACAAUAUCAGCUCAUAGUUUCUUCUUUGUGAUUUUAGUCAGAGUUGAGAUCUGCUGUAAACUUAUUAUUGUCCCUUAUUACCACUAUUCUUCAUUGCAAGACCAGAUACAUUGUUAAUUAACUACUACAGCCUUCUUGCUACUGUUACUGACUUUCUUGAUCCAAAAAGAAACUAUGAUUAGAGUUUUAUGGAUCUUUUUAUCGAAACUAUCUUGCCUAUGUAUUCUCUAAUCAUGAUAUUCAAUAUCCUUUUGUUGUUGGUGUGGAUUAUUUUA